CUGGCGAGUUAAACGGCAGAAGCACAGGGAGUUUUGGGAAACCGUGCAGGAAGACAUGCACUUGAACCUUUUGCAUUUUUAUUUUUAACCCUCCGUUUGCGUUCAUUCGUUGUCCUUUCUUUUCAUCCGAGUGUCGUUGCGAGUCGUCAGCACGCAAAGAUAAGAUUUUUUUGCUUCAUUUUUCGUCAGCAUGUGUCAUGUCAUCAUGAGAGCUCAGACGACACGCGCCAGCGAGUUGCCCGUUUCCGACAACGGCUCCGUUGCGUCAUAAGUCGAAAAAAGAAGAAGAGAUAAACAGCAGCAGAGUGUCGUUGGUAUAAUUCUUGGAGAGACAGUAAGCGAAGAAAGAAUGAACUAAAGAAAAGAAAAGACGAGCAUCCGGUCAUCCUUGUGCUUCUGUGUAUCUCCCCCCCCUCCACUCUUUCCCCAGUUGGUUUGGCUCUCGCGCGCUCUUUUGGCGCUGCCGGAGAGAGGUCACGGUUUGCGCGCUUUUUUCCUCUCUACAGGAGUUCCAGCUGUGCCCAUGAGAAGAAGAAUAAGAUUAAAGCUACCAGCAGCUGUAGUUUAUCUCUAACAAAUCAUAUCAUCGCGUUCUUCUUCUCGCAAGUACACGUUUUGUUGUUUUAAAUCCGAAGUAACGGACUGGGAUGCCCUGCGCUUGUGGCUGGAUAUAAAGCGGUCUGCUUUCUUGCUUUGGGGGCGUUUAAAUUAGGGGUGCUAUUUUUAACUUUAUUUCGCACACUAUUGUUUUAAGCUUUGAUUAACACUGCAGGAGAGAGGGCGAGAAUUCCAAUUGUUCCUUGACGUCGUUUUGUAAAAAAAUUUUUAUUUCUAAAGACGGGAAAUAUGAAGGUGCUUUCCUCACACUUGUGUGGUGUGUGUUUCUUCAUCAUGUGGACUAUAAGGAGCACGUCGGUGCUCGACGUGUCUGGGACGCAUCAGGGAAUCCCUCCUGCAGUUGUGAAGCUCUGGGCUUCGGCAUUUGGAGGAGAGAUGAAGUCUAUAGCUGCCAAGUACUCUGGAUCACAGCUUCUACAGAAGAAAUACAAAGAGUUUGAGCGUUCAGUACGGGUCGAAGAAAUCGAUGGCCUCAAACUUGUGAAGCAACUGGCAGAAAACAUGGAGGAGAUGUUUCAUAAAAAAGCAGAUGCUAUGAAGCGUUUGGUAGAAGCAGCAGAAGAGGCCCACUUACAGCACAAGGAAGACCCUAACCUGCAGUAUGAGUAUUUCAAUGCGGUGCUCAUCAAUGAAGUGGAUGAAGAAGGCAAUAACGUGGAACUAGGUGGAGAGUUCAUCCUGCAGCCCAAUGAACAUUUCAACAACCUGUCUGUUAACCUCAGCCUCAGCGUGGUGCAGGUACCUACCAACAUGUACAACAAAGACUCAGCUAUAGUGAAUGGAGUUUACUGGUCUGAGGCACUUAAUAAGGUCUUUGUGGAUAACUUUGAGAGAGACCCAUCCCUCAUAUGGCAGUACUUUGGCAGCGCUAAAGGCUUCUUUAGACAGUACCCGGGUAUAAAGUGGACACCAGAUGAACAUGGAGUUAUAGCAUUUGACUGUCGAAAUCGAAAAUGGUAUAUACAAGCAGCUACAUCUCCUAAAGAUGUGGUAAUUCUUGUGGAUGUGAGCGGCAGCAUGAAAGGUCUCAGGCUGACUAUUGCCAAGCAAACAGUCUCUUCCAUACUGGAUACACUGGGAGAUGAUGACUUCUUUAAUAUUAUUGCUUACAACGAGGAACUGCGUUAUGUGGAACCGUGUUUGAAUGGAACUCUGGUACAAGCGGACAUCACCAACAAAGAUCAUUUCCGUGAACACCUUGACAAACUAUUUGCUAAUGGUAUAGGGAUGCUGGAUAACGCUCUAACUGAGGCCUUUGAGCUCCUCAAUAAUUUUAAUGAAACAGGUCGUGGAAGUGUGUGCAGUCAAGCCAUCAUGCUGGUGACGGACGGAGCAGUGGACAUGUACGACACCAUCUUUGACAAAUACAACUCACCAGACAGAAAGGUCCGUAUAUUCCCUUACUUAAUUGGACGGGAGUCUGCCUUCGCUGAUAAUCUCAAAUGGAUGGCCUGCACUAACAAAGGUUAUUUUACCCAGAUCUCUACCUUAGCUGACGUUCAGGAAAAUGUGAUGGAGUACCUGCAUGUGCUCAGUAGACCAAAAGUGAUCGAUCAGGAACACGAUGUGGUUUGGACGGAGGCUUACAUCGAUAAUACACUUCCUCAGGCUCAAAAGCUGGAGGACAGUCAGGGGCCUGUACUGAUGACCACAGUGGCCAUGCCUGUUUUCAGCACAAAGAACGAGACAAAGAAUAAGGGAAUUCUUCUUGGUGUGGUUGGCACAGAUGUUCCAGUGUCUGAGCUCUUAAAGACUAUCCCCAAGUACAAGCUGGGGAUCCAUGGCUAUGCGUUUGCUAUUACCAAUAAUGGCUACAUCUUGACCCAUCCGGACCUGCGCCCUCUGUAUGAACAAGGCAAAAAAAGGAAGAAGCCCAACUACAGCAGUGUAGAUCUCUCAGAGGUUGAAUGGGAAGACAAGGAAGAUAUGCUACGCAAUGCUAUGGUGAACAGAAAAACUGGAACCUUCUCUAUGGAAGUCAAGAAAGCUGUGGAUAAAGGGAGACGGGUGCUUGUCCUGCAUAAUGACUACUACUACACAGACAUCAAGGGAACUCCUUUCAGCUUAGGUGUGGCCUUGUCAAAGGGACAUGGUAAAUAUUUCUUCAGGGGGAGUGUCACCGUGGAAGAAGGACUACAUGAUUUGGAGCAUCCUGAUGUGGCACUGGCAGAUGAAUGGACAUACUGUAACACAGAUGAGCAUCCUGAACAUCGGUACCUGUCUCAGAUCGACGCAAUCAAACUCUACCUCGAUAGAGAAGAACCGCACCUAAAAUGUGAUAAAGAGUUAAUUCAGGAAGUCCUGUUUGACGCUGUGGUGACCGCACCAAUAGAAGCUUACUGGACCAGUCUGGCACUCAAUAAAUCAGAGAAUUCUGAUAAAGGUGUGGAGAUAGCUUACCUCGGCACACGGACUGGCUUGUCACGUAUCAACUUAUUUGUGAUGCCAUACCAACUGAGCAAUCAAGACUUCCUGACAGCUGAGGAUAAAGAGGGUGUGUUCAACGCUGAUCACUUUCCCCUGUGGUACAAAAGGGCAGCGGAACAAGUGCCAGGCACCUUCGUCUACUCGUUACCGUUUAAUACAGGCAAGAAGAGUGGUUCUGAGAAUAAGAGUGUGGUACUGGCCAGCACUGCCAUUCAGUUACUGGAUGAGAGGAAGUCACCAAUUGCUGCAGCUGUGGGGAUACAGAUGAAGUUGGAGUUCUUUCAGAGAAAAUUCUGGACUGCCAGCAGACAGUGCGCUACCCUGGAUGGGAAGUGUUCCAUCAGCUGUGAUGAUGAUGAUAUAAAUUGCUACCUUAUAGACAACAACGGCUUUAUCCUAGUAGCGGAGGACUCCUCUUUGACGGGUGUCUUCUUUGGGGAGGCAGAGGGCGCCGUCAUGAGCAAACUACUCUCCAUGGGUUCUUUUAAAAGGGUGACUCUGUAUGACUAUCAGGCCAUCUGCAGGAUCUACGCUGAGAGCAGUGACAGUUCAAGCAGUCUGUUAGACCCCUACUUCGCCUUCUUUGCGACAGUUAAAUGGCUGCUGACCGAGCUCGUCAUAUUUCUGAUGGAGUUCAACCUGUACAGCUGGUGGCACGUGGAUGUUACAGCUCAGGCCCAGAGAGAGGGUCGGACUAUGCUGGUUCCAUGCGAUACCGAAUACCCGGCCUUCAUCUCAGAGCGAACCAUUAAGGAGACCACAGGGAACAUAGACUGCGAGGACUGCAUUAAGUCGUUUGUCAUCCAGCAAAUUCCCAGCAGUAACCUUUUCAUGGUGGUGGUGGACAAUAAGUGUCACUGCAGAGAUUUUGGACCCAUCACAAUGGACCCCAUCGAAAUUAUGUAUAUCGAAUCGCUGAAAUGUGAGCGUUUGAAAUUGCAGAAGGACAGAAGACGUCCAGACACGUGCCACCCCUUUCAUCCUGAGGAAAACUCGAUGGAAUGUGGCCGGGCGUUAAACUCCAAUCCGUCUGUAAUGGUCACAUUCUUUGCUUUGUUAGUCACACUAUUUCCCAGGUGACCAGAGACCCUCAGCCCCUAAAACCAUGGAUCAGCUUCGGCCAGCCUCGAGCUGAUUCGGCAUGCAAAAGCGAUGAUUUAAACAACCCCUGACACUGAGCAAAAUACGUAAACAUAAAGAGAAUGGUGCAGCCUCGUGGAGAUUUGUUUGUUUUUCUUUCUUUCUUUUUUCUUUCGAAUUUGUGGGAAUUUUUCAUGGACGUUCAUAAAAUCCUGAAAUAUAUAUAAUGAUGAUGAUAUUGAAACUGGAGUAUUGCUGGUGUGCUUGUUACAAUAAAUCAUGAAAUCCAGGAAAAUUCAUUUCUUUAAAAAAAAAAUCAAUAAAUAACUGAAAUAUUAACUAAUGAUGAAUAUUAUGCCUCAGUGUAUAAAGUGUAUACAAGAAACAGUUCAAUUAGAAGUUUCAAGUGUUAACCAUACUACUGUGAUGGUGGACUGGAAAGUCUACUAAUGUCAGUGGUUCUGUAUGAGAUUUGCCUUAUAUUAAUGAGAGAAACUAGUCCUGUUUGUGUACUUUUUAAAAUAAA